CAAAGAAGAAGCACUUCCCGAUUAAUCAUGGCUGCAAAGUCGUCAAAUUCGCAAACGCCGCUUCCUCUCGCCGGCCGAGUCGCCAUAGUCACCGGUUCCUCUCGUGGUAUUGGGCGAGCGAUAGCGAUUCACCUCGCUGAACUCGGUGCGAGGAUUGUCGUCAAUUACACCACUAAAUCCGCCGAUGCGGAGCGUGUCGCGGCGGAGAUCAACGAUUUACCAGCCAGGGAAGAAAUCACCGGAAAAGGACCAAGAGCGAUUGUUGUUCAGGCCAAUGUCUCCGAACCAAUCCAGGUCAAAUCGCUGUUCGAUGCGGCGGAGAGCGCCUUCGAGUCGCCGAUUCACAUUCUGGUUAACUCGGCUGGAAUCCUCGAUCCUAAGUACCCUACGCUCGCAGACACAACAGUAGAAGAUUUUGAUCGCACUUUCAGUGUCAAUACAAAAGGAGCGUUCUUGUGCAGCAAGGAAGCUGCCAAUAGGCUAAAACAAGGAGGCGGUGGUCGGAUCAUACUCCUGUCAUCUUCCUCGACUCGAGCCUUAAAGCCAGGAUUCGGAGCCUAUGCAGCAUCAAAAGCAGCUGUGGAAACUAUGGCUAAGAUUCUUGCAAAAGAGCUCAAAGGAACUGGAAUCACUGCAAACUGUGUUGCUCCAGGACCCAUCGCCACUGAUAUGUUCUAUGAAGGAAAGAGCUCGGAGUUGGUAGAAAGUAUAGCCACGGAGUCUCCCUUUGGGAGGCUCGGUGAAGCCAAAGACGUGGUGCCUCUUGUUGGUUUCUUGGCUAGUGAUGGUAGUGAAUGGAUCAAUGGUCAAAUCAUUCCUGUUAAUGGUGGAUAUGUGUGAAACGUUUGUGAAGCUUCAGAGCCUCUUUGCUAGUUUCUUCGAGGCUUAGUCAUGAUUGUUUGCAAAUGUGGGUUAAGUUGUUAGGAUUGAAACAUUGAGGUUCAAUUAGAAGUGCAGACAAUUGUGACUUGUAGAAGCUACGGUGUGACUGUUGUCCAAUCGGGAUUUAAAUAAAUGUUUUUUUCGUCUUAA